AUGCACGCCUUGUCAGACUUACCAAAACCCAGUAGUGGUUUAUAUUUGCAAGGAGGACUGACAAUAGAAUUCAUUGGAGUUCGAGCUCUAGAAUCUAAAUUCCCUUUAUUUGUCUGGGAUUUUAUACUGCUCUCCCUGCAGCUCAUAGCAUUUGCGAUAAACUUCCCAGUAAAGGACCAUGCGAACAAUCCAGGUACCCCUUCCUCUAGUCAUCAAAAUGAGAGUGGUACUAGGUCGGGAUCCUCAAGAGAUGAUGCCCCUCUAACUGGAGCCGAGUUGGGUACGAGUUUUUUUGAAAAUGAAGAUGAACCUGGCCAAGCAGUCCAUCCAUAUUCGGGCCAGUUUUUGGUGUGCGAUAUCUCAAUUUUUCAGUCACUGAGUCAAAACUGGGCAGAGGGUCGUCGAAUCGCGGCACAAGCAUCUGUCAGUGCCACAACAGGAGAUGCCGAGUUGUCAAGGACAAAUGAUGUAUAG